UGGGAAAUUUAUUUAAAACAUGGCCGUCGCACAGGCCACUCCAUACUUUUGUGUUUCAACUAAAUAUUGAUAGAAAAUUCUUACAAAUGUUAAUAAAAACCUGUUUAAAAUAGUUCGUGUUAGUUUAUGUUUUGAUUGUUAAAGGUUGUAAACAUGUCUCUCUGGGCGAAGGCGCAACAAUUGCCGCAAGAGUGCUUGCAACAAUUGAGAAACUUUUAUGGGAAUCGUUUUCCCAUAGAAGUAAGGCACUAUUUGGCGUCUUAUAUUGAAGAACACUUCUGGAUUGAUCAAAAUCAUGCUCCGGAGGAUCCACAAUAUCAGCAAUAUGUAGCCACAUUAAUAAACGCUCUAAUAUCUGAAAUAGAGACUAGAGCUUCAACUAAUGAUAAUGAAAAUAUGUGGUUGAUUAAAAUUAAGUUAACGGAGGCUGCAAAAGGGUUUAGACAGGAGAAUCCAAUGGAUUUAUUUAAUGUUAUUCGUCAAUGUUUAGCAUUUGAGAUGAAUUUGGUGCAGACUUCCAAUGGAGAGUUUUCCGGAAUCAUGGUACCAAAUUUGGGUGCUGAAACACAAAGAAAAUUAAACAAUUUGCGUUCCAGAAUUUCGGAAACUGCUGAGGAUUUGAGAAAAAUGUCGCAAGAAGGUGAAGCAUUUGCUAUUCAGUAUCAUGAGUGUACCAAAUAUAAUGCUCACAUAAGAAGUCUUCAAAACCAGGCCAACGACCCAAAAUCCAUGCAGAUGGUGCAAGACUGCGAAAGACGUAAAGAAUUAAUCGAAACGGCGUUGAACAACAAAGUCGCCACUCUAAUGCAAAUGAAACUAAGCCUAUCAGAAAAUUUAAAAAGUAUAAUCCAAGAAUUGGGACUCGUGCAAACACACGUACUCGAUGAAGAGUUGAUUAGGUGGAAACGGGAGCAACAGUUGGCCGGCAAUGGCGCGCACUUUAACACAACCACGCUGGACACAAUUCAAGAGUGGUGCGAGAACUUGGCGGAAUUGAUUUGGACUGCCAGGCAACAGAUCAAAGAGACUGAAGCUAUAAAGCAGAAAUUCCCAUUGGAACUGCCCAUACAAGAUAUAUUGCCGCAGCUGCAAGUCGAGGUUACGCAGCUGCUAUCAACGCUGGUGACAUCAACGUUUAUCAUCGAGAAACAGCCGCCGCAAGUCAUGAAAACCAACACGAGGUUCACGGCGACUGUACGGCUUCUAGUCGGGGGGAAAUUGGGGGUGCACAUGUCCCCCCCGCAAGUAAAAGUCACCAUUAUAUCCGAGCAACAAGCCAACAUGCGCAUCAAAAAGGACUCCAACAACAAACUGAGCGAUUCCUCCGGCGAAAUUCUCAACAACACCGGCACGAUGGAGUACCAGCAGACCACCAGGCAGCUGAGCGUCAGCUUCAGGAACAUGCAGCUGAAGAAGAUCAAGCGCGCCGAGAAAAAGGGCACGGAGAGCGUGAUGGACGAGAAGUUCUGCCUGCUGUUUCAAUCGCAAUUUUCCGUCGGCGGUGGGGAGCUGGUUUUCCAAGUGUGGACGCUGGGUUUGCCGGUGGUUGUCAUUGUCCACGGCAAUCAGGAGCCCCACGCAUGGGCCACUGUUACCUGGGACAACGCGUUCAGCGAGCCCGGCAGGGAGCCCUUCAAAGUCCCAGACAAGAUCCCAUGGCCAAAAGUAGCCGAAGCUCUCUCCAUUAAAUUCCAGUCGGCCACCAAUAGAGCUCUAACGGAAGAUAAUUUACGUUUUUUGGCGGAAAAAGCGUUCAGGGGACAAUACAAUGAAAACGCUAAUCCCAUGUUAACAUGGGCGCAGUUCUGUAAAGAACCGCUUUCAGAAAGGAAUUUCACGUUCUGGGAGUGGUUUUUUGCCAUCAUGAAGCUGACCAGGGAACACUUAAAAGGUCCCUGGAUGGAUGGUGCCAUAAUGGGUUUCGUGCGAAAAAACAAGGCCGAAGAAAUGCUGUCGACAAAAUGCAGCGGAACGUUUUUGCUUAGAUUUUCCGACAGCGAGUUGGGCGGUAUUACAAUCGCCUGGGUUUCGGAAAACGGGGAAGUUUUUAGUCUACAGCCGUUCACAUCAAAAGAUAUGACUAUAAGAGCGCUGCCCGAUAGAAUAGCCGAUUUAAAUUAUUUGGUUUGUUUGUAUCCGGACACCCCCAAACAAAUUCCAUUCGAAAAAUAUUACACGCCAUAUACUGAUGCACAAACUACAACUACUGGUUAUGUAAGACCGUUGUUGGUGACUCAUGUCCCAGGUUGGAGUGGUACAACAAAUUAUUCGAAUACAACACCUCAGCAUUAUAUGUCCCACAUGUCCCCAGAUCCCACUCGGGACACGCCAUCCGUUGCAAGCAGUUUCCUACAAUUUUAAUGCUUAGUAGAUUGUAGGUAGUUGUGCGGCGACAAUUUCCAUCGAUUUCUAAACUAUGUGUUAGUUUUCAGAAUAUGCUGAAACUAUAAUCAUAAUAAAAAAAUCUAUUUUGGACCAUAUUUUUUUAUAACACUGUGAGUGAAAAUGCUUUACUUUUAUAUAUUUUCUAUUAAUUAGAGUUAAGUUUUACUUUGUUUAAAUAAGUGUAAUUCCUAUGUAAGAGCUUACUGAUUGAUGUAUUUUUAUAAAUUUUAUCGCAUUUUUAAAUUGUUUAUAUACAUACAUAAAUUUUAUAAGUAUUAUACAAUGUUUUUUAAUUGUUUUAUAUUUACGUAGAUUUUGAUGGAUAACGACAAUACCAUGUGAUUAUGCAACAAAAUAAUCAAAAUUAGGCUGUGUUUCCAAAAUUAUAUCAAACUGUAUUAUAAAAUUUACUCACAUUAUUGUUCGUGUUCCC